CGCCAAUCCUUCACCACAAUACACUGCUGGACUGGACGCCUUUCGCUUGUCACCUCUGUUCAGCCCUAGAUGCGCCUUUCGAACAUGGGUGUCGAGGUUUAUAUACAGUACUACUACUGCAUGACUCGCCAACCGGAGUGAUCGACUUCUCACCGUGAUGAUCCGACUGACUGACUUCCUUCUCUUCGUCAUCUCACACGCAUACAUCGACACCAGCACCCACCGCCGCCCACAACGCACCACUGCGCUGAACCGCCCGAGAGCCGGGAGAACAAUGCUGCGUCGCGCCUCGUCCAUGUCAUGAUCGCUGGAGAGGCUACCCUCCACCUCCCGCCCCGAGCUGCCGUCUUCCCUUCACGAUGGCAGCCCAUGUAUCCACGAUCGCGCCCAUCUCUUGGACGCCAUCGACACACUGGGAAGGCAACGAUGGGUCCUGGAACACAUUCGUCGUGCGCGCCGGUACACCACCACAGGAAUUCCGCAUCUUGCCAUCCACGUCUGGGCAAGAGCUGUGGCUACCGGACCCGUCGGCCUGUGCGAUCAUCAGUCCCAGCAAUCCCGGAUAUUGUGGUUCCGUCCGAGGAGUCCUGCCUUACAAUGGCACCAACAGCCCCGGCUUCAAUAAGAACGCCAGCACCUCGUGGGACCCGGUAGGGCUCUUCACGCUCACCGCGAUCGAGAGCAGGCUGGGGUAUUUCGGCAACGGCGAUUAUGGAUUGGAUACCGUCACAUGGGGCAACGACACCAACUCCCCGAAAUUGACCUCUCAAGUUGUAGCCUCGACUGCUACCCUACAAUGGUGGAUGGGCUUGGCGGGUCUGGGACCCAAAGCGAUCAACUUCACCACAUACAACGACCCUACGGAUAGCUAUCUAUCCCGGCUGGCGGGAGUGGGAGCGAUCGAUGGUCUGUCAUGGGGAUAUACAGCAGGCGCGCACUAUCGGGCAAACACGCCUGCGUCGCUCACGCUGGGCGGAUUCGACGAAGCUCGAUAUGUUUCCCCUGGAAUGUCAUUUCCAAUGUACGCCGACGACUCGCGGUCCUUAUCCAUUGGCACAGUGCAAAUGGCAGCGAGCAACACUCUGAAAGGCGACGUCAACCUCUAUACCGCAUCGAGCAGGGACCUGUUCCUGAUCGAUUCGGCUGUCCCGCACAUCUGGGUGCCAGAAGGGGAUAUCCCUAAAUGGGUCGAUGCUUUUGGCCUGACCUAUGACAACGCUACAGAGCUGUUCUUGGUGUCCGAUGCCACGCGAAGCCGGCUGCAGACGCUCAAUCCCACGGUCACCUUCACCUUCAAAAACAACGUGAUACAGGCUCCAGGCCCGACCAUGAACAUCACACUGCCUUACGCAGCUUUCGACCUGCAAGCGAGCUACCCGUACUACACCAAUGCCACCAACUACUUCCCCAUCCGACGUGCAGCGAAUUCGACGCAAUACGUCCUCGGCCGGACCUUUCUCCAGGAGGCAUACCUCAUUGCCGAUUACAACCGACAGAACUUCACCGUCGCGCCAGCACGCUCGCCAGACAACACCACCGAUCCGCGCUUGAUCCCGAUCCGCAAGCCCGUCGCAUCCUCAUCCCUAUCUGCGCCCAUUGCCACAAUCGGCGGACUCUCCUCGGCCGCCACCGGCGGACUCAUCGCCGGCCUGGCCAUCCUGGCCCUCCUGGCCGCUGCCCUCGCGGCCAUCCUCCUCUCCCGAUGGCGCAAGAGACGCAGAGCCCAGGCCCGGACCAGCGAGACGGCCGGCGUCCUCCCCCGCGCCGAGCUACCCUGCGACGGCCCGACCUUCUGCGAGGCGCCCAGCGACCACGCCUCCCACGAGAAGGACUCGACCCUCGCCCGACCCGAGUUCUACAGCAAGCCGAGCGCCUCCGACCGCUCGUCCGACGUCUUCGAGAUGCCGGCCGCCCCGGUCGGGCACGAGACCGGCCUGAUGGCGGAGGUCCCCGGCAGCGAGGGCGUCCGGCCGGAAUUGGAGGACCGCCGGAAGUUCAGCUUCGAGCGGGACCGGCGGGACUGAUGCUUUUUUUGCGAUGCGGGUGGGAUUGGCUGGCGAUGGUCGGAGUUUCUUUCAUGAUACCCUCUUCAUUUUUUCUUGAUCUGUUUGGAAUAUUUUCUACCUUUUCUACCUUUUUUUUUCUUCUUCAUCAAUGCGAUAUCUAUCACUUUGAAAAGAAUAAUCCGGAAUUCGGAUCUGGCUUUGUUCCCG